AUGAGUAAUAGUGACAACAUUCGUAGAGUUAUGUUAUGGGCCUAUCCUCGUUCGCUGUCAACAGCAAUGGAGUUCUCUGUCGCAGCCUUGGAUAAAAUACACAUUUUUCACGAACUGUAUAAUUUUGCGUUUCAUAACGGUGAAGAUAAACCAACUGACAGAAAACAAUCAGUUUUAGUUGAAGGUUUUUCGUACAGAUGCGUCAAAGAAACCUUGGAGAAAGAUUACCCCGGCAAAACAGCAAUUUUUGGUAAAGACAUAGCCUAUGCAUUAGAUAAUGAUUAUAGUCGGCUGCCACGUGGCUAUCAACACACAUUUAUAAUCAGAGAUCCAAGAAAAACAAUUCCGAGUUAUUACAAAGCUGCCACCGAAUGUGGUAUUCGGUUUGAUGAAUGGCUGCCCUCUAGUGGCGGGGUCAAACAACUGUAUGACCUUUUUGUGUACGUAACAGAAAUGCUGGGACAGGAAGCCAUUAUCAUUGAUGCUUACGACCUGUGUAAUAAUCCACGUCAAAUACUACAAAAGUAUUGCAAGAAAGUUGGAUUACAGUUUCAGGAUAAAAUGUUGAAAUGGAAACCAGGCAACAAUGAUCAUUGGUAUAUAUUAUAUAAAAAGGCUUUCUUCACUGAAGCAUUUAAAGGAGCAGCCAUGAGGAGUCGUGAGUUCCUACCAAUGUCUUAUGAAACUGUUGAUAUGGAGGGUCUUCCUGACUAUGGAGUGAAGCAAAUCGAGGAAGCCAUGCCGUACUAUGAAUUAUUAUAUGACAAAAGGAUCACAAAAGAAUAA